CUUAAGUUCUCCUUUGGAAUGACUUUCGACCAUCGUCGCGUUGAAAUAUUCACCGGACUCGACUUUCUGGACUCAAAACUCCAAAACGAAGCUCGCUGUCAUCCCUUUACUCAGCAAAUUGACUUGCUCUUUCCAUCAAAUGUGUCCUUCGAAACUGCCCUGGCAACUUCCUUGAAGGUUCCUCGAUACGCAAAAGGAAAAAUUUCUCUUUCCAAGAUUUUCACGGAGGGUGUAAACUUCGUCGAAAAAUAUUCUACGCGGAGCGGUAUUUCUUUCCUAAGCGCAGGCUCAGGACCUAAAUUCUCUCAUAAGGAAGAAGAUGUAUGGUGUAUUGACUAUCGAGGUGUCUUGACACUGUCUGUUUGUAAAGAUACCUAUAAUGGGUUGGGUCUGGUAGGCAAGCGCGUGGCGUUUGGCAAAGGAUGCUGAAUCCGUCAAGAUUCGAACACAACGGGAGGCAGCAUUGAAAAGAUGGGAAGAACGAAGAGCUCAGGAGAUAGGAUCACCGUUGUGGAACGUUCUUGCUUUCUCAGAGUCCAUGUCUCCCGAAGAACUUGAUACCGCUUUCCAAGUUUUCGUCAAGUAUCAAGUUGCCGCCCCCUUUGAAAUAGUAUCAGUACGCUAUCAGAAGGCUGUUUUGGAAGAUGUCCACGUUCCUGUUGUGCGAUUGACUCCUCGGCCUCGGCCUCAGAAUAAGUUGGGGCUCAAUCAACAGGGGGAGGAAGAUUGGUGUGAGACGAUGGAAGGCCUUUUUGAGUGGGUUGGUAUGGCUGAGCUUGGCGCCACAAGG